UAUCGAGAUGAGCGACCUAGUUCAAACAGCGGUGCUACUACUCAUUCACCGAGCUAUGCCAAUCAACUUCAGACGAAUGCUAUGCAAGCUAGUCUCUACAGUACCAUUAAUAGCAUGCGGUUACAACAACAACAUCAUGCUCCUCCAAACGCUGGUAAAUCUCCGGGAGCGGUUGCCCUUGCAGCUGUGCAAGCCGCUGCUGUCGCUAGAUCUCCUAUAGAUCCCCUAAGGCAUGGAGCUUACCAUGCCCAGGUAAUGUACAAGAAUCUGGUUCCUCAAGUGCCGCAACCAACCCUGGUCCCACGUCCAACAGUCACCCCUUCUCCCCACGUUAAUCGCUACUCCUCACAAAAUGGAGUCAAGCAAUGUUCUAGUCCAACAAUGGCCAGAACUCAGGCCACAUCUCAGUAUGUUGUGCCUCACGCAACAGUAUCUUCUCCUAGUCGUUUGGCCUCUGCGGCACAUAGUUCACACCAUUUACAAGCUCCACCCAUGUCUAACGUCAUUCCUGGUUCCCCUGGCCCUCCAGCUCAAGUACAACAGCUGAUUUCAACACCAUCACCUCGGCCUAGUAUUUUACGGAAAAGAGGAGAUGGAUCGGGUACUCCAGUGGCAGCUAAGCGUCGACUCCCCUUCAUGGUUGAAACCCCGAGCUCACCAAGUAGUUCGUCGCAAAGUGUCGUGCCGCCCUACAACGCCGGACCAACUCCGCCCGCGUUCGAAGCGUCCAAGGAGGGUGUCAAUGGUACUCCGGAGGAAAGCCCUAGAAAGAGGAUGAGAAAACAACAGUUUGAAACGGACGCUAAACCGGAGCAGAUAAAGAUGGCGAUCAAUGUUAUGCAACCGAUCGCUGGCGGAUCGGGGGCGUGGAGAUUUUCGGGACAUCCUGGAUUCAUUACAUCGGGUGUAGUUGAGAAAAAGAAGCGUGGAAGGCCUCGAACGAACUCGCGUCCAGCUACAGCACUACCGUUGGAGUUACAUCAGAGUGUUAGCGUUUUUGUGGACAUUGAUAGCCCAGAGGAAAAGAUCAAACCAGCAGCAGUUCCCGAAUCAGCAAGAGGUUCGGCAGCAAGCGUACCUCCGGUACAUAUCGAGCUACCCAAGUCCAAAUCCGAAGUGGUAUGAAGUGCGAACAAGAAUCUGCGGAUGAUAGUAAAGAAAGAAGUUCUCAGCAGCAGGAUACGUCUGACGAAGAAAGGUACCGAUCCAGCAAAAGGCACUUUGUCGGCAGAGGAACAACAGGCUGAAGAUGUGGCAGGAUUUCUGGCUGAUUGCUUAGAGGAAAGCAAGAAGGAGCAACGCAUCAGGCAGCGCAUAAGAGAGCUGGAUCCUUUACCAUCUGGAUCCAAAACAUUCUUUGACAUGGUUCCUCGCAAUCGGUUUGCUUCCGCACAAGUUGCUCGUCCUUACUCCAUACAAACGUGGCAGUGUUCAAAUGAUAAUGAUCUGCUUGUGAAUCACUUCCAGUCGGCUGAAGAGUUGUUGUCAUUGCUUUUCAUGCUUUGA